AAGUUCGGCAAACAGAUCCAGCGCCGGCAGCUUGAUCUUCCCGAAUAUGCGGCUAGCUUCGUCAACUACAAGGCGCUGAAAAAGCUUAUCAAGCAACUCAGCGCCACGCCUACUAUCCCCGCGCAGAGGACCGCCGAAGAGAUCGCUCAAGAUGGCACGCUGGAUCCUCAGGCUGCCCUGCGCGCGAACAAGGAGGUGUUCUUCUUCCGCUUGGAGCGGGAGAUUGAAAAAGUCAACGCAUUCUAUCUUCAGAAAGAGUCAGAGUUCUCGCUACGCUUGAAAACAUUAGUCGACAAAAAGCGCGUGAUCCAGUCGCGAACCGUCUCAAAUUCCAAGGCCCCCUCAAACUUUGUGGCGCUUUUCGAAGGAUUCCAGCAAUUUGAUGGUGAUUUGAACAAGCUGCAGCAAUUCGUCGAGAUCAAUGAGACCGCUAUGUCCAAGAUCCUGAAGAAAUGGGAUAAAACGUCCAAGUCUCGCAUGAAGGAGCUUUAUCUGCACCGCGCCGUGGAAGUGCAACCGUGUUUUAAUCGCGAGGUCCUCCGGGAUCUAUCUGAUCGCGCUACGACCGCUCGUUUGGAAUUGGAGGCCUGGGCCGAAGGAGAGAACCUACAGUUUGACACCUCGCGGCCGACCGAGCGUGCUGGAGCGCCCUUUGGCACAGAGGAAGAGGAGCUGGAUCUUCAAGUCCUGCAGUCUGCAUCCACUGGAAACCUACAGACCCUGCGGGAAUGGAUUGCAAAGCUGCUUUCUUUCCCAGAUUCUCGUGAUCGAGCCACGCGGACUUUCCUGAACGCGAUCAAUGGCUUCGCCGACGAUGUCCUUGGUCUUCUUCUCGAGAGUGGCCUGGUCGACAUCCACGCCGAGGAUGAUAUCAAUGAGCGCAACUGUCUCCACGAAGCCGCGAUUUCCGGGCGGGACUUUGUCUUCAAGGCUGGUCUUACGGCCGGGGUUGAUUUCUCCCGGUCCGAUGUCUACGGACGCAUUCCUCUACAUUACGCGUGUAUGCACGGUCGAGUCGAUAUGGUGCGGGAGCUGCUGGCGGCUGGCCCGCAAAUGGUGGAUGUGAUGGAUCACGAUAAUUUUACUCCUUUGAUUCACAGCAUCGUCAAGAAUCAGCUUUCGUGUGCCGAGCAGGUACUGCAUAGCAAUGCUCGGAUCGAUCCAGCCUCAGAAUCGGAUCAUAUCCCCCUCAACUUGGCCUGCCAACAUGGCUCCCUCCCGAUUGUGAAAAUGCUCUUGGAACGCAAGGCCCGCCUGCUGCCCGAUGCCGAAGGUCUCUACCCUCAGCAUAUGGUGGCUCGAGCUUCCCAAUCCCCCGACCUCCUAUUACUGCUGAAGCAGCACGGUGCCGAUCUGGACCAACGAGACAAGUUGUAUCAGUGGACACCUCUCUUCCAUGCCGCGAGCGAGGGCUGCGUACCGUGUCUCCGGACGCUUCUUGAACUGGGCGUGGACGCCAAGGUCAAUGAUGAGAAGGGUCUGUCGGCCAUGUACUAUGCCGCGUGGGAAGGGCAUUUGGAGUGUAUGCUGCUUCUAUGGGCUCAACCGUCGCAAUCGCGUCGCCCAUCCCAACGGCCGCUGGAUCUUCUAAACGGCGUAUCAUUCCAUGAGCCUGGCAUGAUGGAGGAUUCGGGAGCUAUGCGCCGUGCUAGCUCUGCUGAUAUGGAUAUUGCUGACGGUAUCCCGGACUUGGAGCUACCCCCACCUAUCAUUCCUCUCCGUCGUUAUGGUCACAACUUCCUGGACAAGAAGGUCUUUGUCCAGCUCCUCUUCGACCAAGGCAACUUGGGCUCCAUCGCUUUCGAUCAGGCUGGUCGCCAUCCUGCGGCCCGUUUGACUAUUUCCUCCAAGCUCUCCGAUCUCAUUCCCCGUACUAUCGUCCUUCCCAUUCAAGACGACUCUCGAACGAUAUCCUUCCACGUGGACAAUUUGGACACCUUUGCCGUCGAUUUUGAAAUCUUCCCCACGUUUGGAUCCAAGGUGAUUGCAAAGAGUGUAGCUUUGCCGGUGGUGUUUGGUGCGGAAAAGUCUAGCACGGGCUCAUGUUGCUUGCCUCUGUUCGACCCUCGUCUUCGUGCCAUUGGUCAACUGCGCUUCAACUUCCAGGUCAUCAAGCCGUACCACGGUGAUCCCUUGGAAAUCACCCAUUUCGCGACUUACUGGAAGGCGACGAGUGCAGUCGACUCGGAACACAAUGGUCUAGUCACCGGCUCCAGUUUGUCGGGAGAUUAUGUGCAACUCUUUGUGCAGCUCACCCGGGACCGUGUGCCAGUUCUUUACCCCCAGUUUAUGAUCAACCACCACGGAAUUGAUAUCCCCGUGUGCCACUUGUCGUAUGCUCAAUUCCAGUCCCUCGGUGCCGAGCGGGGCGUCAAUCAACAAGAGAUCCUUCAAUACUUGGGCACACAAGCGGUCAACGACAUGCCACAGACUCAUCGCCUAUUGGCUGGCUCCUUUAUGUCUCUGCGGGAGGUCCUGCGGCAGCUUCCGAUUGACCUGAACGUCAAUCUUUCUAUUCUCUACCCCUCCGGUGCCGAGGAGAAGUCCCUUGACUUGACCGCAUUGGCCGAUGUCAACAGCUUUGCCGACGCCAUCCUGACUGAUGUCUUUGAUCACGCCCGCGUUGCUCGCGAAAACAGCCCUGACUUUAUGCGCUCCAUCGUCUUCACCUCUUAUAACCUCAACAUUUGCACUGCGCUCAACUGGAAGCAGCCUAACUACCCGGUCCUCCUUUGCAACGAUCUUGGUCAAAUUCGGGACCUCGCUGGCGAUGUGGAUGCAUUGCCCCUUGUGAACAGUAGCGGCCGGGCUUCAAUGUCCAUCAAGGAGUCUGCUCGUAUCGCUCAAAGUAACAACUUUAUGGGUCUGAUUUGCCGGUCAAGCCUUCUGAACGUCGUCCCUGCUCUCGUGGAGACUAUCAAAGAACUCGGCCUCGUGCUGGUGGCAGACACCUGCGAUGAGACUGGGCAACCCGACCGCGCUGACGCCCUCACCUCUGCCAAUGCCAUGGGUGUGGCCGAGUGGGCAUACCGGAUGCCCGACGGCGUGAAUGGCGUGAUGAAAGCCAACGGUGUCCUACGAUUCAACGAUAUGAUCGACAUGUGA